AUGCUAAUUGCUCAAGUGGCCUUUAAGCGAGCCCCGAUAUCUGUCAAUCAGGUUGGACGUAAACGUCGCAACUUCAGCAAAGAAGCAACCGAGGUGCUCAAUGAAUAUUUCUAUUCGCAUCUUGCCAAUCCUUAUCCAUCGGAAGAGGCUAAGGAGGAACUCGCCAAGAAGUGUGGUAUUACAGUCUCCCAGGUUUCCAACUGGUUUGGCAACAAGCGAAUCCGCUACAAGAAGAACAUAGUGAAGGCCAAGGAGGAAGCGAAUAUGCACGCAGCCAUGACGGCCGCAGCUGCGGUUUCGGAAGGAACUGGACGUUUGCCGCCGCAUCCCCAUGGAAUGCCUGAUGAUCACGUGAAUCCCUCCUAUCCACACGCACCGGUGAUGUACGACUAUGACGAUCAGCAGCAAUUACAGGGUCAAUCAGGCGGGGAUCAUAGAGACAGCUGGAUGUCAGAUGAGCCUGAACGCAAACGCAGCAAAAUGUGA